UGUGUGUGAGGGAGGCAGAAAGAGAGAGGGGACAUCAGAGACAGUUAGUAAGGGCUUGAGGAAAGGAUGCACAGAGACAUAACAGCCCCCAGAAGACACGUCAUUAAGGAACUACACAUGCUUUGCUUCUUGAUGGCACAGUUUGUAAGCCACAGUGACCAACUCCUCUAGUCAAAGGAUUUUAAACCAAGCCAGCCCAAAUGAAAGAGGAAUCUACUAUAAUAGAGAUGACAGGCCAGCUCACUCCUACCAGAUACGGAGACCUUUUUGCCUGAAAGGUCUUAGAAGUCUCUGCCAUCAUCAGCCUUGACAUUGGCCACAUUUCCAACCCUUUUGUAUCAUACAACGCAGCUAAAAGUGUGCAACUAAAUCAGUAGGGAGCUGGGACGGGACGGGUCAGCCAAUCGGAGGAGAGAGAUGUGGACGCAGGGGCGGUGGGCGGCACUGGCUGUGUUGUCAAUAAUCUUGAUGCUGUCAAAGGAAGCGGCUCCAAUUGAAGUCCCACUGGACCUGAAACAGCCCCCCACCAUUGUGAAGCAGUCACUAAAGGACUACAUUGUGGACCCCAGAGAUAACAUCAUCAUUGAAUGCGAGGCCAAGGGGAACCCAGUGCCAACGUUUCAGUGGCGGCGGAAUGGAAAGUUCUUUAACGUGGGGAAGGACCCGCGGGUGACCAUGCGGAGUCGUUCUGGAACUCUGGAGAUCAGAAGCAGCGGGAAACCUGAAGAUUAUGAAGGAGAGUACCAAUGCUACGCCGCCAAUGACUUUGGCACAGCGAUUUCCAACAAAAUCCUGCUUCGAGUGUCAAAGUCUCCGCUGUGGCCGAAAGAGGUUCUGGAGCCAGUGGUUGUGCGUGAGGGGGCAUCACUUGUCCUGCCCUGCAACCCUCCUCCUGGUCUCCCCCCUCCUGAAACCUUCUGGAUGGACAGCUCCAUUAUGCCCAUAGCACAGGACAAGAGGGUGUCAAUGGGCCUGAAUGGUGACUUGUUCUUCUCCAAUGUUCUGGCUAAAGAUGCUAACACUGACUACAGCUGUAACGCUCGCUUCGAGUUCACACACACCAUUCAGCAGAAGAACCCCUACACCCUUAAAGUGCAAACAAAGGAACCUUAUAAUGACACCUUUCUCAACUCCACUGAUCUGUAUGGUGCACGUAAUGUACCAGAAACCCAGCCUACCUUUCUGUCUCCGAAGGGCUUGUCCAGCUCCAAGAUGGUGCUCCGAGGGGAACAGCUUCUUCUGGAGUGUAUAGCAGCUGGAGUCCCAACUCCUACCAUUAAUUGGUUCAAAAGAGGAGGAGACCUGCCAGCAAAAAAAGUCAAGCUUGAGAACUUCAAUAAAACUUUACGCAUCCUCGAUGUGUCCGAAGAAGACUCUGGUGGCUACAUCUGCAUGGCCAGCAACAAGAUCGGCAGCAUUCGCCAUUCCGUUGAAGUCCAGGUCAAAGCUGCACCCUAUUGGCUAGAUAAGCCCACCAAUUUGGUGCUUGCCCCUGAUGAGAAUGGACGGUUGGUGUGUCGUGCCAAUGGGAACCCUAAACCCACUAUCCAAUGGCUGGUGAAUGGGGAACCUAUUGAAACUUCACUACCAAACCCAAACCAGCAAGUUCUUGGUGACACCAUCAUGUUCCAUUCGGUCCAGAUCGGCAGCAGCGCGGUGUACCAGUGUAACGCCUCCAAUGAGCACGGUUACCUACUGGCCAAUGCUUUUGUCAGCAUCCUGGACAUGGCACCGCGAAUGCUAGGACCAAAGAACCAGCUGAUCAAAGUAAUUGAAAACAACAGGACCUUCCUCGACUGCCCUUUUUUUGGCUCACCGUUCCCUGUACUGCGCUGGUUUAAGAAUGGCCUAGGCAGUGGUCUGGAUGGUGGUCAGUACAAGCUGUACCACAAUGGUACAUUGGAGAUCAAGCAAGCCCGGCCAGAAGACCAAGGCACCUACACCUGCGUCGCCAGCAACAUCCUGGGCAAGAUGGAGAAUCAGGUGCGCCUGGAGGUCAAAGAGCCCACAAGAAUAGUGCGGGCCCCCGAGCAUGUCACACAACCCAGAGGGAGCACGGUUCGCUUUGACUGUCGAGUUAAACAUGAUCCUUCCCUUUAUGCCCCGGUCACAUGGCUGAAAGAUGACAAACCUCUCAGCUUCAGCUGGAUUGGUCGGUUGAAAAAGGAGGAUGACUCCUUGACUAUUCACAAUGUCAAUCCAGAAGAUGGAGGAACCUACACAUGCAUUGCCAAAACUGAGAUAGAUGAGGACUCUGCCUCAGCUCGCCUUACAGUUAUAGAGGAUGACAUCUCUUCUGCCUCAAAUCGUAGUGCCUCUGCAGGUCGACCCGACCCUCCUCAGGAUCUUGAGCUCUCGGACCCUUCAGCACGUAGUGUCAGACUCACCUGGGUGCCUGGGAAUGAAAAUAACAGUCCUGUUACACAUUUCCUCGUCCAGUUUGAAGAGGACAGGUGGGAGCCGGGGAAGUGGCAGAACCUGUCUAUAUAUGAUGGCAACCUAAACUCAGUUAACCUGCAGCUGUCACCCUUUGUCAACUACCAGUUCAGAGUGAUUUCAAUCAAUGCCGUGGGCCAGAGUCAACCCAGCCACCCCUCUGCACGCUAUCAGACCAGCGGAGCCCCUCCUGAUGUUAUCCCAGGUGGUCUUAAAGGCUGGGGAAGCAAGAAGAACAACAUGGAGAUCACAUGGCAGGCCCUUCGCAACACAGAAAGGAAUGGGCCAAACCUGCGAUAUGUGGUCUCUUGGAGAAGAAAAGACACAGAGGAAGAGUGGAAUAACAUAACUACAACCAGAGCAAAGCACAUUAUCCCUGAUACAGACACCUAUGUCCCGUACGAGAUCAAAAUACAGGCCGUUAAUGACUUUGGACAUAGCCCAGAGUCAAACAUAGUCAUUGGUUAUUCUGGGGAAGACAAACCGUCUGCUGCACCAACAGAACUCAGGGUGUCGAAGAUCAACAGCACUAAAGUUAAUGUUCACUGGGUGUCUGUGGACCCCAGCACUGUGAAUGGAGAGUUUAAAGAGUACAAGUUGUACUACUGGCGGGAGGCCAGCCUUAUAAAGGGCCUGAAAGUGAAUAAGACAAAGUUGCAUAAAGGUUUCUUCACCACUGCCGAACAUCCCUCUGGCAUCCUGACAGAGCUUUUUCCAUACAGCAAAUAUAAGAUGUACAUGGUGGUGGCUAAUAGAGAAUAUGAGGGACCACAAAGCAACACUGUGGAGUUUUACACCAAGGAGGGAGAGCCAGGGGCUCCAAAGUACUUUAGGAUUCAGAGGCACACAGAUGUGGUUCACCUGAAGUGGGACAAGCCACUGGAGCCAAACGGCAUCCUGAUUGGAUACACACUCCAAUACCACACAGUGAACGGGACGCAGAUGGGAGAGAAGAAGGUCCAGAGUUUUCCAGCCAAUGUUACAGAGUUCGUUAUGAAUCUGCCUAACCGCUUCACCCGGUUCAAGUUCUACCUAGCAGCUCGCACACAGGUCGGCGCAGGAGAGGUGUAUGCCGUGGAGUCGCCACAUUUUGCGAAUGAAGGCACCCCAGAUACUGACUCUACAGUUGUAGCCGUUAACUUUACAGAUGCCUUGAUGUUCGAAACUCCUCCUCCUCCCCCUCCCCUCUCCACUGACCCAAUCCCAACAAUACUUACCCCAGAACCAGCCACACCAGCCCCUACAACUGCUGCUCCACCCAAACCUACUUCCAUUUCCACCACUACUACCACUACAACAACUACUACUACUACAACCACCACAACUACUACAACUACCACCACUACUACAACAGCUUCCACCACACUUCUUCCUGUUCGGCCCAUGUCUCCUAAAACAGUGGAUUGGAAAAUGCUGGCCCCGAAUGUAAAGAUCUGGAAUCUGACCGUGGAUGCUAACAAUGACUAUGCUAACGUCAGCUGGAAGCACAACUUCUCCGUUGACAACAGCGAGUUUGUGCUAGAGUUCACACUGGACAGUAAUGAGUCGAUGAAAAGCAUACAAGUAAACCACCAGCCUCCCAUUAAGCUGGCUGGGCUGGUGGCCGGGGCCAAGUAUCGGUUGCGGGUGUAUUCCCAUGAGCACAACUCCAUCAGCAGCGACUAUGUCACGUUCGAGACAGGCAGAGCCUACAAGGAGACGGAAGACAUCGCUACUCAGGGUUGGUUCAUUGGGCUGAUGUGUGCCGUGGCUUUAUUGGUUCUCAUCUUGCUCAUUGUUUGUUUCAUCAAGAGGAGUCGUGGAGGAAAAUACCCAGUGAGAGAUAAGAAAGACCUCCCCUUAGAUGCUGUUGACGCUAAAGACCAAGAUGGGUCAUUUGACUAUCAGAACGAGAACAGGUCUCUUGAAAGGGAAAGCAGCGACGAAGACAACAAACCAUUGCAGGGUAGCCAAACGUCCCUUGACGGGAACGUAAAAGAGAGCGACGACAGUCUUGUGGACUAUGGUGAAGGAGGGGAUGGCCAGUUCAACGAAGACGGCUCCUUCAUCGGCCAGUACACAGUUAAGAAGGACAAAGAGGAGACGGAAGGAAACGAGAGCUCAGAAGCCACGUCACCUGUUAAUGCCAUCUACUCUCUGGCAUAGCACCCAGAAAAGGGCACGGUGCCCCCAGCAGGUUGGAGGGUGCCACUACACGCAUAAAAAUAAAUAUAUAUAUAUACAGAAAGAAUUACGAGUAUUCACAUAGAACGCACUGGAGUGCAUGAUCCUUCUGAACAAGGUAUGGGGAGCCAGCUAGAGUUCGGAAACCUUUGUUUGAGGCGUCCCCAUGCCCCACACAGACUUUAGUGUGCCUUUAGGGCGACGGGGCGGACUUUUAAGCUUUCGUGUGGCUUAUGCUCUUCUUUUUUUUUUAUUUUGGAAAUCUUUACUCUGCCCCUUCCUCCUUUUACUGUAGCUAGCAUCAAAGAAAUGGAGAUACAAGCACCAGACCUGUGACAUAUCAACUGUGUGUCGACUCAACUGCAGAACGUCGGCAAAUACGUUUAUCAUAUUGAUAUUGCUGCAGUGAACGAUCCUUUUUUUCACCGCAGAUAGAUUGCGUCCAAAAACAUGAAUUCUGUAUACAGUGCUGGCACGGUUUGCUGUGCUUUAUAAAACUAUGCACUAUGUAUUAUCAUUAUCGUGCUUUUGGGUUAAUAUUGGACGUUAGAAUCUCAUGUUUCCUUUUUUACGUUGAUUUUUGCAAAGAAAAAAACAUCUAGUCCUGGGUAUAUUCUUAUAUAUGCCCGACUGGACUGGUCAUGCUUUCAUUUGCUGUUGCUCUGUUAAUAUCUUUUCACUGGCUGCAACUAUAAAAUGCCACCAAUAUUUAUAGGCCGAGGUUAGAUGGCAUCACAUGUAAAUGAAGAAAAAAACAUUAUUUUGAAGCAUGGUAGUAUUUUAGCGCAAAGGACAAUGGAGAGGUUGUAAUACGAAGAGUUAAAUACACAAUGAUAUAUUCAUUUUUUUUAAUAAGACUUGCUUUAUAUAGUCCUCAAAAGAGAAUAAUGAUGAUGGAAUUUUCAUUAUUUCUUUUUUUAAAUCAGCUUGGUGAUGAGUUCGGUGUCUGAAUAAGUUUAUUCAAGGAGUCUGAAAAAAGUUUGGGGUGCAUCAAUACAUCACUGGGUUGUCAUUUGAGGAUUUCUAGACAUGAAUAGCUCAAUAUAGCCACUGAGUACAGUAAAGAGAAGUGUAAAUAUUGUUUGGGGUUGAUCCAGUGUUCGUUCACGGCUGAGACACUGCCCUGAAGACAUGCCACUGUAACUCUAGUGCCACUCACGGUGGUUAGUUUGUUGUACUCACACAUUACUACCAUUCAUUUAUCUUCUGCACAACUACGUACUUAUUGUAAGGUUCAAAAGUCUGAGGCCACAUUGAAAAUCACCUAAUUUAUGUAUUUAAAGUCUACAUGAAAUCAAAAUUCUUAUUUUUUAUGGACUAUUGCCGUGUUUAUUAUAAAUGAUUUAUCUGUGCACAUAAUUUUUUUUUAAUUCAUGUGCCUUUUUGUAAUCAAUCAAUUCCCAAUUGACAAAAUCAAGUCCCGCUCUACUUUUUUUUUUUUUUUCAUUCAAAGUUGUUUCAGUCAGAUAUACGUCACGAUUGGGAAGAAAAGACGUUUGCAACUUUCAUGCUGACUUUAAGAUUUAAUUAAAUGUUAAGCAAACAUUUAUUAAUUUGAAAUGGUGAGUGAGUCUCUUAUGAUACUUUAACAGAUGGAAGAUUCACUUCUGGAUCCAAAGAGCAUCUUGUCUCUUUUGAAUAAUCUCAAAUCAUGCUGGAGAACAUGAUCAUCUGUUUUUACACAAACUAGUUGAGUUCAUGCAGCUGUAAUUAAAGCAAAAGUGAAACAAAGCAAAUGUUAAGAUAUUCUGAAAGUUUGGGGGCUCUAUCAUACACCCGGCACAAUGCAGAAGCAGCCGCGAUGCAAGUGUUUUUUGCUAGUUUCAGCCCGACGCAGUUAUCAUUUUCACUUCCUGUGCCACGUUGUUUAAAUAGCAAAUGCAUUUGCCCCCAUUUGUCCGCCCAUGGGCGUGCUGGUCUGAAAACGAGGUGUGUUCAGGCGCAUUGUUGGCGUGUUGCUAUUUUGAGGCAACUGAAAUAGACUGUGCCAUUGACCAACAAAAAUCUGGUCUAAAGUCAAUGGCACAAUAUUUUUUUGUUAUUUAAAGAGUGCGUUAGUAGUAUGCGCCUAUAGGCGCACAUAGACUCUGCUUAUUACACACACAGGGAUGCGCAGCAGCACACAAACAUGCCAAAUAUUAAAAAUAAAAGGAUUACAAUGUAAAGGAUUAUUAUUGUGUGCAUAAAAAUGCUUUGGUGGAAUCCGGCUUGUCCCGUAGGUGGUCUGUUUGCGUGCUUUCAGCAGAUCCAUUUCCACGCACCGGGCACGCCGACCAUUUUAAACUAGCAAAAGUGGAUUCGGACACACCCUAAGUGUACUUGCGCCGUGCGAUUUAGACCAUGUGCUUAGAUCAUUAAAAUAGGGCCCAAAAUGUUUUGCUGGUAAUAUCAAAAUAACGUUAAUGCAUUUUCACUAUAGUGAGCUCAAACUUUUGGACCCCUCAACAUAUCUUGAUUUUAUUUAUAAAAAAAAUAAUAGGGACUAAUAUAUUAAUAAUUUAUUGCUGACUGCACAACAGCUAUUUGGAGUCUGAGCUGUGAUUUUAGCACAUUGUGAAAGCUUCUUUGUGUAAUGUAGGAUGAAAACAUACUUCAGAGGUCAAGGAUCAUGUUUGUGGCAAUGUAAAAUAAUGAAAUGUGAUGUCACCAUUAAAGGGAGUAUGUCUUAUUUGUUAAUUGUGCUGCUCUUUUUAGUAUUAAUGUCAUUUCACUGCUAUUGUGUUAAUAUAUUAGAAUUUAUUUAAUGUAAUUUCUACAUAACAUAAAAUGGAAAUAUUGUGUAUUUAUUUUUCUCAAAUAAGGCCUUGGUCAUCAUGUAAAUAUCAAUUUUUUGAGCAGGUUUACUGUGUUACAGUAAGUAAAUAAUUCAUAAUAAAAAAUGCUUUUUGGUGCAUCCCAAAAUGGAAGACUCCAUGCACAGAUUUGGAUUUGCGUUCAGCCAGUGGUCUUGGGUAGUCGAAUGAGACUUGGUUUUGUGUCUUCUCGUUUUAAUUGUAUUUAAGUGACAUUGUUUGUCACUCAUUACGUCUCAAUUUUGCCUGGCUGACACCGUUAAUAACGAUGUAAAUAGCAAAUGCUGUAGAGUUGUACCAUUGUAGCAUUCUGCACUGAGGAUGAUACCUUUUUGUAAACAACAUUUGAAUUGUGUUAUGCAAGAGAAAAUGGUUUGUCUUUUCUUGUUCAUGUAUUACUGCACCACAGGCUCCCAUAAUGCCUUUCACCUGUGACACGGCCCAGGGCUGAAUAUCAGGUCGUAACUUCCUGAUUGGGAUGUGAUGUCCUAUACGAUGCCUUCGCAGCAAAGAAAUACGUGUUAAUGAAAUUCAUUGGAUCCAUCAGAUAUGCUUUCUCUCCAGUAUACCUCAAAGCAGUACUCUCCUCGUUUGUCUUUCGCUGUUGUUUUCUGCACAGUAGGCCUAGUCUACCAGCUUUUGUUCAAGCAAGUAGGGACUUACAUGCACAGAUAACUCUUUAGACGACACGUUGUGGUGUGUUCACAGACUGUAGACAGUCUAACAGUUUAACAUCAAGGCAAUUCAAAGUCGGCUUGACCCUAUUUUGUCCAACCUUGCCUUGAACUUCUGCAGCCACUUUUAUCGUCUUCGCAGAUUGUUCCCCCCGUCCAUUGUAGGGUUGUAGUGGACUGGCGAUGUUCACAAAAUAUAUACAAUUAUAUAUUUGUUGGUAUAUUGCUUAUUCUGUCUUUCUCCCAAUGUCAGAUCAUUUGUGUACUUAUUGACUGGUAACAUCCAUAAUCUAGUAUCCAUAAAACAGAGGACAAUAAUUGCCACAGCUGUUCCCGUGACACAUUUGAUUUUUAAAUUCAGCAAAACCAUACAUAUGUUUACUAUUAUUAUUGUAUUUUUAGCCAUUUGUGCAUCAGAUCAACUUUUUUAAAUUGCUUAUGCAGGUUAACAGUGUUUUUUUUCUGUAAAUCUGGCCAUAGAAAUCAUUAUUGUUCACCAUGUAUGCGUGUAUGACGAGAUGCUGCAACUUAAUCUGCUCGAGACGCCUUUCUUUAUAGUAAAGCUGUGUCAUUUUCUCAACCUUC